AUGGGCCGAGAACAACCGGCAGACUUCGAAACAGCAUUCGCAGAUUUGCUGCUUGCGGGGCUUCGUCGGCAGGGAGAGGCGCAUGGCGACGAGCGCGUCCGCUCCAUCAUGCGACGGGUGCUGGUCGAGCGCGGUGGCGACGGGAGGGAGGAAGUUGGGACGGUGGCCUCGGCAAUUUUUUCUUUGGCUGGAGCGGGUCUCGGCGACAAGGGGGCGAUUGCGGUGGCGGAGGCCCUGCUGAAGCUCGGCUCGCCGCAGAUGGUGAAGUCCCACGGUGUGCGUCGCUGGACGGUUUUGCUCAAUGACAAUGGCCUGACGGACC